AUGGGCAAGGACCAGGAGCUGGUGCAGGCGGUGAAGGCGGAGGACGUCGGCGCCGUGCAGAAGCUGCUGCAGAGGCCCAAGCCCGGCAAAGCCAAGCUCCUCGGAUCAGCAAAGAAAGUCAACGUCAACUUCCAAGACACCGAUGGGUUCUCCGCCCUGCACCAUGCGGCGCUCAACGGGAACACGGAGCUCAUCACCCUGCUGCUGGAGGCGCAGGCCGCCGUGGACAUCAAGGACAACAAAGGGAUGCGGCCAUUGCACUACGCCGCUUGGCAAGGCAAGAAGGAGCCCAUGAAGAUGGUGCUGAAAGCAGGCUCUUCGGUGAACAUCCCGUCGGACGAGGGGCAGAUCCCCCUGCACCUGGCGGCGCAGCACGGGCACUACGACGUGUCCGAGAUGCUGCUGCAGCACCAGUCCAACCCCUGCAUCAUGGACAACUCGGGGAAGACACCGCUGGACUUGGCGUGCGAGUUUGGCCGCGUCGGGGUGGUCCAACUGCUCCUGAACAGCAACAUGUGCGCGGCCCUGCUGGAGCCCAAGCCCGGGGAUGCCACCGACCCCAACGGCACCAGCCCCCUGCACCUGGCCGCCAAGAACGGGCACAUCGACAUCAUCCGGCUGCUGCUGCAAGCCGGCAUCGACAUCAACCGGCAGACCAAGGCGGGCACGGCGCUGCACGAGGCGGCCCUGUGCGGCAAGACCGACGUGGUGCGGCUCCUCCUGGACAGCGGGAUCAACGCCCACGUCAGGAACACCUACAGCCAGACGGCCCUGGACAUCGUCAACCAGUUCACCACCAGCCAGGCCAGCAAGGAGAUCAAGCAGAUGCUGCGGGACGCCUCCGCCGCGCUGCAGGUCCGGGCCGUCAAGGACUAUUGCAACAACUACGACCUGACCAGCCUCAACGUCAAAGCUGGGGACGUGAUCACGGUCCUGGAGCAGCACGCGGACGGGCGCUGGAAGGGCUGCAUCCACGACAACCGCACCGGCAACGACCGCGUCGGCUACUUCCCCUCCAGCCUCGUCGAGGCCAUCAGCAAGCGAACAGGCAAAUACCCCCGCGCGGCCCCCUCCCUGCCGCCCCGAGGUGGCGGAUCGGCCGCCGCGCCGCCUCCCGCCGAGGAGAUCUGGGUGCUGCGGAAACCCUUCGCAGGUGGCGACCGGAGCAGCCUGGGCAGCGCGGGCAGCGGCCGCAGCUCGGGCAGCGGGCAGAGCGCCGGCGGCGGGGCGCACGCCCUGCACGCCGCCUCCGAGGGCGUCAAGCUGCUGGCAACGGUCCUUUCCCAGAAGGCUUCUGCGCAAGAGACUGCCGUGGGCGAUGGGCCGGCCAAGGCGCAGGACGUCCCCGCAGGUGCGUGGCGCCCGGCGGCCCCGCGGCUCGCAGCAGCCGUAGCCCUGGCCCUGCCCGGGGCUUGCCGGGGAGCGAGGGAUUUGCCUUUUUUUUUUUAUUAUUGCCACGGCACCGCUCGCAAGAAGAAAACGCGUUCGUCGCGGACGCAGAGCGUGGCCAGCUCCCCGUACGCCCCACAGCCCCCGGCCGAGCAGCAGCUGAAGAAGAUGGAGCCGGUGUCGGAGGGGAAGAGCUCGGAGGCCGUGUACCAGUGGCUGUGCAAGUUCCAGCUGCAGCUCUACGCACCCAACUUCAUCAACGCCGGCUACGACAUCACCACCAUUAGCCGCAUGACGCCCGAGGACCUCACGGCCAUCGGCGUGACCAAGCCGGGGCACCGGAAGAAGAUCGCCUCCGAGAUCAACAACCUCAACAUCCCCGAGUGGCUCCCGGAGUACAAGCCGGCCAACCUGGCCUUGUGGCUCUCCAUGAUCGGCCUGUCCCAGUACUACAAGGUGCUGGUGGAGAACGGCUAUGAGAACAUUGACUUCAUCACGGACAUCACGUGGGAGGACCUGCAGGAGAUCGGCAUCACCAAGCUGGGCCACCAGAAGAAGCUGAUGCUGGCGGUGAAGAAGCUGGCGGAGCUGCAGCGGGCCGAGUUCGGCAAGUACGAGUCGGGGACGCUGAAGAAGAAGGCGCCGCCGCCGUCGCCGGAGGUGCUGGCCAUCGAGUCGCCGCCCCCGGAGCCGCCCGAGUGCCAGUCGCCCAAGAUGACCACCUUCCAGGACAGCGAGCUCAGCAACGAGCUGCAGGUGGCCAUGACGGGCUCGGGCGAGGGCCCCGAGGAGCCCCCCGAGAAGCAGGCCAACCACGUGGCCCACGUGCGGGAGGCCUCCGGCUACCGCUCGCCCUCGGGCCGGCACGCGCCGGACAGCGGCCUGGGCAGCCGGGCCAAGCACAUGAGCAGCUCGCAGGAGCUGCUGGGCGACGGCCCCAAGGCGCCCAGCGCCGCCAUCUCCAAGAGCCAGGAGUACCUGGCGGAGGAGGCCAAGGAGGGCUUCCCGGGGCCGCCCAAGGAGGUCCGGCCCCUGCGGCACGGCCACACGGUGAAGCGCGCCAGCGUGCCGCCGGUGCCCGGCAAGCCCCGGCAGUCCUUCCCGCCCUCGGCCGCGGGGCACUUCACGCCGCCGCAGACGCCCACCAAGCCGCGGCCCGCCUCGCCCCAGAGCCUGCUGGUGCCCCACGCCACGGCCAAGGUGAAGCCCACGCCGCAGCUGCUGCCGCAGGCCGAGCGCCCCAUGUCGCCCCGCUCGCUGCCCCAGUCGCCCACCCACCGCGGCUUCGCCUACGUGCUGCCGCAGCCGGCGGAGGGCGAGGGGCCGCCGGCGGGGGUGCCCGUGCUGCCCGUGUCGGUGCCCGUGCUCUGCCUGCCGCCGCCGGGCGAGGGCGAGGAGGAGCCGGGGCGGCCCAAGAAGCGGGCGCACAGCCUCAACCGCUACGCCGCCUCCGACAGCGAGCCGGAGCGGGACGAGCUGCUGGUGCCGGACGCGGGGCCCUACGCCACGGUGCAGCGCCGCGUGGGCCGCAGCCACUCGGUGCGGGCGCCCCCGGGCGCCGACAAGAACGUCAACCGCAGCCAGUCCUUCGCCGUGCGCCCCAAGAAGAAGGGGCCGCCGCCGCCGCCGCCCAAGCGCUCCAGCUCCGCCAUGUCCAGCGCCAGCAUGGCCGAGGACUUCCCCAAGGAUGGCGAGGGCGAGGCGGCGGGCGGCCCCGCCGGCGAGGACGGCGAGGCCCGGCACGGCUACCGGGAGCAGCGGCGGGCCAGCGACUUCGGCGGCAGCGUGGACACGGGCAGCGCGGGCAGCGUGAAGAGCAUCGCCGCCAUGCUGGAGAUGUCCUCCAUUGGCGGCGGCGCCCGGGCGCUGGCCUCGCAGAGGCCACCCGGUGCCAGCGGGCCGGGGCCGGCCAAGGGGCCCGACAGCUACUACCUGCAGCCGGGCCCGGCGGCGGGCAGCCCCGAGCGGGCGCGCGUGGCCACCGUCCUGGCCACGGUGAAGCACAAGGAGGCCAUCGGGCUGGACGGGGAGGUGGUCAACCGGCGCCGGACCAUCAGCGGCCCCGUCACGGGGCUCCUCGCGGCCGCCCGGCGGGGCGCCGGCUCCUCGGAGAGCCCCCCCUUCGCCGGCGAGGGCUCCCUCGCUGCCAAGCCACGGCCGCGGCCCCCGGGGCCGGCGCGGCUGGAGGCGGGCGAGGGGCCGCCGCCGCCCGCCCACCGCCACGGGGACCUGGCCAAGGUGGAGGCCAGCGCCACGCUCAAGCGGCGCAUCCGGGCCAAGCAGAGCCAGCAGGACAGCGUCCGCUUCGUCCUCACCGAGUCCGACACCGUCAAGCGCCGGCCCAAGGCCAAGGAGAAGGAGGCGGCGCCGGAGCCGUCGCCGCUCGCCCUCUACCAGAACGGCGCCGGGGCGCGGGCUGAGCCUGGCGCGGCCGAGCCGCCGCCGCCCGCCGCCGAGCUCGGCCCACCGCCCGCCGCCGAGCCCCGGCGGCCCUUCAAGCCGCCGGUGUCGCCCAAGCCGGUGCUGACGCAGCCGGUGCCCAAAGCGCCCGGGCCGCCGGCCCCCAGGAAGGCGCCGGCACCCGGCCCCGGCAGCCCAGAGCCGAAGCGGGUGCACGGCACGCCGCCGCCCGUGUCCCCCAAGCCGGCGCCGCCCCCCACGGCGCCCAAGCCCCCCAAGCCCCCCGGCGCCGCGCCGUCCGGCAGCGCCGGCUCCACGCCGGCCCCGUCGCCCGCCAAGCAGCUGGGCGCCGCCGUGAAGCCCUCGAGCACGCCGCCCUCGCUCUGCUCCAGCCCCGCCAAGCCCCUCUCGCCCGGCGGGCCGCCCCAGCAGGUGCCGGUGAAGCCGCCGCGCUCCGCCAUCGCCGGCCCCUCCGUCGACGCCGCCAGCUCCGAGAUGGCGCACCAGAAGCUGGAGGAGACCAGCGCCUCCUUGGCCGCCGCGCUGCAGGCCGUGGAGGAGAAGAUCAAGCAGGAGGACAGCCAGGCGGCAGACUCCGCCGCGGAGUCGAAGAGCACCGUGAGCAUCCUGGACGACAUCGGCAGCAUGUUCGACGACCUGGCGGACCAGCUGGAUGCCAUGCUGGAGUGA